AUUGUUUCGAGUGGUCUUUUUAGUGGUAUGGGGAUCCAGUAUUGCGUCGCUGAUCGCAUUGAUUGACAGAUUAUCCCUGAAGUUGUUUUAUGACGUAAAAGUUCAUUCACAUUAUGACGUUGGCUGAGUUACCGUAUAAAAUGCGAUAGCUUAUCUCUUUGGUAAUCACUUGGUAAAGUUUUACCUGAUGGGAACAUAGACUCCAGCCAUAGACUUUAACCAUGGAGGAUAAUAAGAGUUUAAAUGAAGAUGAUCCACAUGAUCCUCAAAGUUUGGAAGGUCAAGUCCAGGAAAUGAAGAAUGAUAUCCUGGGUUUAAACUAUCCAGAAGAUAGUGAAGUGAAGGAUCCCCUGCCUCAGAUCGAGCUGAAGGCUGUGACAAGGAGAAAAGUUAAGACCAAGAGGAGGACCAGUGCCAACAGGUCCACAGUUGAACAGAGCACUGAUACUGAUGCAGUUGAGAAAGAUUUUGUUGAUAAUCAGAAUGAUGAAGAUGAGGUGAAGAAGGAUCCCCUGCCUCAGAUGGAGCAGGAUGCCGUAAAGAGAAAUAAAGUCAAGACCAAGAGGACCAAGAGAAACAAAGCGGAGCAGAUCACUGAUACAGAUGCAGGUCCCUCUACAUCUGUGGAAUUCUCUGGGAUGGCAGUUCAGGGGACAUCUCACCAGGGACAAUCUAAUGAAAAGAUCCUAAGUGAAUGUGUCUCCAGGGCCUGUCAGACCAGGGCUCUUGACCUCCCGCCAAUCAAUCCUGAUGCCUUCAACCCGAUUAUCAUCCGGUUUCUAGAAAAACUUACUGAGGAGCAAUGGAGGCAGUUAAGCAUUGGCAGGAUGGACCCUGUGAUGAGGGCAUUGCUUGCGGAGAUGUGCCUGGAGAUUGUGCGGUUUGUAUCUGAGGCCAUCCUGGAGGUCAUCAUCCCUGCAAUUUUCCGUUUUGUACGGAUAUACAGCCAUGUGUCUCCAGUAUUCGUCAAGUCUCUGACAGAAUCAGAGAGAUCUUCAAGCACAAACCUGAAGGUUCGCAAGAGAGGCAGCAGCAAAUCCUCAAGGUCUCGCACGGCCAAAUCAAGCUCCUCUCGUAAUGGGUCUCAGACAGUGUUGCCAAAUACUCAGGGAGAUGGUGAGUCUAUAUCAUCUGAGCCACUCAGUGACUUUUUUGGGAUCACUGAGGACAGUCUCCUCACUAGUGUCCAGGAUUCCUUCAAAGAGUCGCUGAACAAUGUCCUCUGUAUCCAAAGAGAGGGCCAGGUAGACACUCAAAGUCUAUCCCGGGUUAUUGUUGGAGAAGUGUCAAAGAAGGUCAAUUCCAUAAUCUCUGUGGCCAUCCAAACUCCCAUCUCUGGGCGAAUAUCCCCUGUCUUUUUUGCCAGUGGUGGUGUCUCCAGCACCAAGGUGGUUGAGGAGAUGGUGUCUGGCGUUUCCAACAUACUUCAGAUGUACAUUAAUGGGAAGAGUGUUGAGCAGAGUGUUGUUCUCAGAGAGGAUGGUGUUGAGGUGGAUAUGACACAUUUAACAGGACAGGUCAUGACAGCCCUCAGUGGCACUGUUUUGAACUUCAGCAAUAAGGAGGAAAAUGAUCCCAACAAGAGGGAACUGCUUUGUGUUGUUGCUGACCAUAUGAAGAUGUUUGAAUCUUGUAAAAGUUCUGAGGAGAUGCUAAAACAAGGAGAGAGCAACCUUAAUAUCAAAGGUGCCAAAUCUAGUCUUUGUCUGUCAACACAAAGUAUGGACAGACUACUCACUGAGGAGUUUCAGACCAAGGCCACUGAAUCGAUCCGGGAGAUUGUUAAAAGAUUCAGGGGUUGUACAUCAUGUUGUUCUGGCACUACAUCAUCUAGUCCAACUCCUAGGAUAGGUGAGAUUGGAGACCUUAUGAUCGACCCUGAGGCCUCUGAGUUGGUAAGUACCUUUGUUUCAGACAUGGACAAUCUUACCCAGUCUAUCAGGUCAUCCCGCUCUCCUGCACAGAGUGAGCAGAUCCUUCUUGAAAACCAUCAGAGUAAGAUCUGGUCUUACACUGUUGGUUGUUACUACGACAUGAAAAAUACGCUGAAGAGGCUUCUUACCUGUCCAGAAAAAGGGGAUCUCUCAAGUACAUUUGUGGAGAGCACAAGAGAUUCUUUCACAAUGGUUCCAACUUUGUACCUGGACUUCGAUCAUUCCAGUAACGGUGAGGCUGACACAUCGGAGUCCUUUUCUUGUAAACCACUUUUAAUAACCCCCUCAUCCAUGAAUGAACAAAAAGGACAAAGUGAGACCCCAAAACCUUUCUUGGCUCUCAAAAAGUAUUUGCAAGACCAAGUCCUCCUUGACACCACAAAAGAGAUUGCCAGCCAGGUUCUAGUCUUGUAUAAGACUGAGGUGAUGGAGAAGUUCUCAUCUUCUGUUGGAGAGUGUGAUUCUGAAGAGUCUCUGGAGGCCAAUCUAUUUGUGGAUGGCAUCAUGUCUGACUUGAAUGAUUUCACCAGUUCUUGUUCCGCCUCACCAUCUGAGUUGUUAGACAGUGAACAAUGUCUCUCCGAUGUGAAGGUCAUCGAUGGUGUUACACCAAUACAUGACGAGACUCUCAAACAGGCUCCCAGUGAAAGUUUAGAUUCUCAGGUGACUUGUAAUAGUGAUUCUCUUGAAAUCCAAGCGGACCUUCAAACCUGUACCAAUGAGGUCAUUAGUCAGAUCCUCACUGUGUAUCACUCUGAGGAAUCCAUGGAGGAAAGCCUCUCUAGCCUAAAAGGAGAUACAGAAGACCUGUCCAAGCUUUUGGAUGCCGUUGUUUCUCAGAUUGACGUCCUUGCCGCCUCCAAAUCAUAUUUAUCUGUUGAUGACUAUGCUGUCAAUACACAGGACAAUAUGCAUGGUGAGAUCAACAAUGAUGAAGAGGAAGCAUCCACUAGAAGUCUUAAAUCCACAGCCUUUGACAAACUAUGUACUGAGGAGUUUCAAACUAAAGCCUCACAUAUGGCUGGUGGGAUCCUUCGAUCAGGGUUGAUUGGCAUUGUAAAUACCAGCCUUAAUGGUAGAAGUGCAGACAUUUGUGCAGAGUCCAGUAAUGAUGAUGAUGAUAGAGAUGUCAAAAUCCUUCAGAAGAGUGGAACUCCAUCUUUAUUCACCUCUUCUCUGCACACCAUUUCUGCAGCGUCCAACAUCGUCAUAAGCAUCACUAAAGACCUUAAUAGCUUCACCCAGAUGACUAAAAUGUCUGCUGCUUCAGUGUCUGACCAGUUGGAGAGAUCCCUGUCAGCUUCAACCCUUCCUGGCAGUGUUCACAACGGGGCCAAUGUGAAAGGAAAUAUAAUUUGGCCAGGCACUGUUAACCUGUUCAACAAUGUGUUCACCAAGGUCAAGGACUUUUUGCCCAGCAACAACCGGUCCUCCUAG